ACAUUCUGUACCUCCACAAGCUAUCCAAUGCCUUUACGAUUACGCUGUUGAAUUUACUCUCAAUAUUUUUUGUUCCAGGUCGGAAGUCAUAUAAUACCAGAGAUAGUAGCUGCACGAAAUACGCUGAGCACAUACUGUUGAUUAGCAGCCAUGGCCGGAGACUCGAGCGAACCAGAACCAAAAAGCCAGUCACCACAGUCUACGACUGCUGGUGGUACCGAAUCGGGACCAACAAGCACCACAACACCAAAGCUUGCCAACGGCGUGGUGUUGGGAAAGGACGGCAAACCAUGCCGAACAUGCACUUCCAUGAAAGACUGGGCGGCGCAGAGCAAGUCUCUCCUCAAAUCCCCCGCGGCACAGGCCCGGCCGCCGCGCGACUGUCCAGCCGACGUGGAGACUCUGGGCCGCGGCACCUGGACGCUGCUGCACACCAUAGCAGCGCAAUACCCUGAGAAGCCGACGCAGACGGAACAGUCGGACCUGGCAGGCUUCAUGCGGCUCUUUUCCAAGCUGUACCCGUGUUGGGUGUGCGCCGACGACUUUAGGGAAUACAUCAAGCGGGAGCCGUUACGCGUGCGGACGCGCGACGAGUUUGGCAACUGGCUGUGCAACGCGCACAACGACGUCAACAAGAAGCUGGGGAAGCCCAUCUUUGACUGUAAUCUGUGGGACCAAAGGUGGAGGACAGGCGUCAGUAUCUGGAAGAUGGCAGACACAAAACGCAAAAACGGCCCCGGGGCUUCUGAUGCCAAUUCUUCCAAACGGAGAAAGCAAGGCGGGAAUGGAGGGAAAUGGCAGACCUCUCAUCAAAAGACCAAGAUUGAUGGCCGUGUGGCAAUUGAGCUUGGUGAUGUAGGAGUCUGGGUGACAUGCGCAAGAAACCAGGAGGCCAAGGCAGCUCGCGAGGUUGAAAUGCUUUUCGACGAAUACGUUGAAAAGCUAUACGGAAUCAAGCCCCCAGGGGAGGAAGAUGAUGGUUCGGACAACGAGGGAGGGGCGGAUGACAUAGAGGCUUCGAUCCAAAAAGAGUUGACCUCGCUCAAGCCGACCCGGGCCCAGGGUUCAGAGCGAGUGUUCAAUAUCGUCCGGCAGGCUGUCGACUGUCUUCUUUUUGUCAAGACCAAGACACCCAUUGAACCUGUGGAGUUUGUGCACCGCAUAUGCCUCGACACCAAGGCAUCGUCGGGCCUUUCUGCGCGACGAUUUCGUUAUUUGAACAGGUUUACUCCCAUUACCUUGAUGGGACGGGCUUCCGAUAAAGGCUUCAUCGAGGUCUGCCAAAAGGUCCUGCCGCAGCACUUCAAAAUGAGUGAGGCUUCGCAGGAUGCGGAAGAAGCCGACAUCGCAGCGGAUGACAGGAUCAAGGUGCAGAGCCCCGAGGAAGCGAAGAAAGAAGACAAGGAACAGUCAACACCGCCCGAGUGCACUUACGCCAUUAGGCUGUCAACCCGAAAUCAGUGCCCGCUCAAGCGAGAUGAUGUGAUCAAGGGUAUUGCUUCGUUGAUUGAUGAUCAAAGACACAAAGUCAACCUCACCAAACCUGACAAGGUAAUAUUGGUUGACAUGUUCCAGAAUCUGUAUGGCAUGAGUGUGGUAGAUGGCGACUGGGAUGAUCUGAAGCGAUUCAACAUUUCAGAGAUUUACAGUGCCGCUGCAAAAUUAGCGAAGGCGGAUUCUCUUGAGCAUCCCAAGGGGUCAACAGAGGAACAGAAAUAAAAAAAAAGCAGCAUAAUGCAACGUGGAUCGACCAUAUUCAUUCAGCUCAACAAGGAGCUAUUACGACAACGAAACACAGCACCACAUUAUGACUUGAUCUCGGUGUCGAAAGAAGACUUGCUAGGCGAGAAUUUGAUCCAAAGGGGCCAAGUAAUUUGUUUCCUGGCCUUGGCUGCACCCGGGAUGCUGGACAGCAUAAAGACAGCAUUGGGCCGCACCUAUCAACCAACUGCUGUUGGUCCAAACCCUCGGUGGGACCUCGGAAGGUUGCCUCGAAACAGUUUAGGUCUCUGAUUCUUGAAUUGGAUCUUUGGUGGCUUACAGUCCACCUUCAAGCCCUCCACGAUAUAUGCAGGCAAGGGGCAUCAAUGAUGGUCAAACUCUUCAGCUCGACUUGUUCACUUAAGCGGAUUUUGUGGGCCGCCCACGCACAUUCGCUUAUUUUUACCCAAUCAGAAAUUUUCCGAAUCGCUUACCCCUUGGCUUGCGGGCUAGGCUGGACAUGGGCCCCAUCCUAACUAAACGGCUGGACUAGCCUAGUCUAGUGUCAGAAGUUGGGUGAAAGAAAGAAUGCAUGCAUACGGAGUACUUACGAGGGUGCCAUUCAUCAUACCCAAGACCGCAUAACUACAUACAGACGGACCGUUUGUCAUCGAUUUUAUCUAGUACGUUCAAUUUGAUGGACGCAUACAUACACAUAUAUGCGUACCUACAUACAUUGAAUCACGCGGUGGUCAAUGUUAUGUUCGGAAUAAACAUUCCGCAGUCUAUCUACUCGGGUAUAUCGGGAUUGCUCGUCACCGCAAAUGAAUAUGUCGGGACCGAGGUACGGCGCGUCGUACAGCAUACAUGCAUGCCCAGUGACCAGCUUUUUCAAGAAGCUACGGAUUGCUAGACUACUGCACGGUAGUUGUGCAACCAACAACUGGCCACAUCAUUUGGGGCACGAGUCCAGGGGUGGCAGACUGUCACUUUGAUGGGAUGACGGCGUUCUGUGGCGGCUUCUGGAACGGACCCUAAGCUUGAGACCAACGAUAAGCGAGUGUCCACAUCCUCCAUCAGCCACCAGAUGUGGCUAUAUCCCAGGUACUUGGAUGAUGUUCGCUGCAGUCUCGGCUAUGAUCGAUUUCUGAUUCGUCGUCAGUUUGACAUCAUGCACAAGCUAAAUCUUACUCUUUUUUUUUUAUUUCAUUUUUGUUCUUCUUUCUUUUGGUUUGUUUUGUUCCAUGCCUUCCUUGGCUUGGUCUUGGCUUUGGCCUGAGGCUGUCCGCUCACUAUCUCCUGUUUUCGCAUCCAACUACCUAUGUUCUUGAAGUUCAUCGUCGCGCCUCUAGAUCCUAUGGACUAGCAUGUCACCGCAAGCGAGAUGGCUGAUCAGCUCGUCUGUCGAGUGACGUGGGCUCUCACGAAUGUCUGCAUAGCGCUACGCUAGCACGCCGUAUAUCGUAUUGGCUAUUCUCUCAGCCUUCCUAGGUAAUCUGGCACAUCCCUGCGUGACAACCCUCCACCCCCUUCGCUUCUUUGAGCUUGGGGUACCCAGUCAAAGCGCGCCUUGGACCCGGGCAAAAUCAUGUUAUUGCCGAAGCCCUUUCCUAGUCUGGUAUGUCCUUACCGCCCUCCAUCCAGUUACAAGACCAAAACGGCUGUCUGCAUAUUGCGCUUACCCCCAUUGCCUACCAGGCUUGCACUCUUAGGGUUUCUUCAGACGAUACUCAUAUCUUGGAAAGUUCUUGUCAUAUUUGUAGCUCCUCCUUAAUCAUAAUCUACCAUAUCAAUCCUUUCGGCUCGGCAAAUUUGAUUGGUACUUACUUGACUGUAAAGCAUGGUUCUUGAAGAGCCUUUCCCUCCUCGUGCGUUCGCACAAAGGACAGCAGCAUUCGCCCCGACAUGCAACGCAGAUCGCACGAACCGUGACACCUGGGUUACAUCCUCAUCUGUCAACAGCCGAAGGCCUCCAGGAGCACUUCCGGGCUCAGUAUUACCAGCAACCGAACGAACAACGGCUUCUGUUGCGCCUUUGGCUUUUGCUUGUGAGCCUGAGCAGCCCUAUCCGAUGCAUCGGUUCCCCUCGAAAGAAGGGCUCCAGGCCAUGCUAAGCCGGCUACUUGCUAGCGGCGUAACCGUCGAGGGCAUACGGGCCACCCCCGCCUCACCCGCCAGAAUCCAAAAUAUAUACACUAUCUGCCUUUCCGGUGGGCAACAACUCGUGCUUGCCAUGGCACCGUCCACGAUGGUGCGGCUAUUAAGAUCUGAACAGCUUCUGGUCGAGUCCGAGGCCCUCUUGCUCGGAUGGCUGAGGGAAAAGCUUACAAGAGAUAAGCUUGUUGCUGAUAAGGUUUGGCUCGCAGCAGACCCUGAAAACGGUAACACAACGUACGGCAAUUACCCGGGUAGCACUGCCGAAGAUAAACAGCCAAUAUUCACGGUAUCCAAAGACUCGGUCAGAACUCGUGAAGUACCGUCCGUCUCGUCACAGAUGGAACUGCUCGACCUGCUUCCAACCAUCAUCGCCUCUUCGACAACAGCAACAGACGCAUUGGCGGUGGGUGAUAUCAUUGAGACUUCAUACUUUAUAUCCCACCAGCCUAGUGGACGACACAUUACUGCGGACAAGAUUCAUCGGCAGGCAAAACAAGGGCAUCCUAUUGAUACCAGGCAGAUUGAAUUCCAAGCCGGAACGAUAGUCCGCGAGCUCUCCAGAUUGACUGCGCCGACUGGACAGUUCGGCCCGGCUAUUGCAGUACUUGGGUCCCCGAUUACAGGGGGAAACUGUAGUUUUGGCGCGGGUGAGGAUUCCAGGCCAGCGGCUUGUCUGAGCAACAACACAUGGUCAAGCGCAUUUCAAUCCAUGAUGGAGGGUGUGUUGAGGGACGCUGAAGACAUGGUCAUCCACAUCCCUUACGCCGCGAUUCGGGCACAAAUGAGGCGCCUCUGCCUGUACCUAAAUGUUGUUACGACCCCUAAGCUUGUGCUUGUAGAUGCAGGGGAGCCCACGAAUCUCUUGGUGCGCACACGGGGCCUUUCAUCGGACGACAGGGCUCAUGUUUGCGCAUCUACAAGCGUCUCAGGUCAAGGGACCUUUGGGAACCAAGGAUCAGGCAAACAAUUUGGGGUGGAAGGACUGGCUGACUGGUCAAACGCAUACUUUGGCGACCCUCUCUUUACCAAGGCGUUCAGCAGACAGCCGUCUCGGAGCUUUCUUGAUGGUUUCUAUGGCGGCAUGGAGAGCGCUGACGACGAGUGCUUGAGGUACCAUCAAGACACCUCGGGCGUGCGCAUCCUUCUCUAUUCAUGUUACCAUCUCACCGUGUCCAUUGUCCAGGAGUACUAUCGGCCCAGGCAAGGGAGCACAGAACGUGAGAUGGAGGCUAGGAGGAAGCUCGGCGAGGUACUGGCUACACUUGCAGCUGUUGGUGUGGCGGAUGAUUCACGAGGAGGUAUGGGAUGGCAGGCCAGGCCUGACGGGCUCACCGACUCCUCAUCAGGAAUCGACGCCUCGACCCCAGGGGCUGAUUGGAGCUCAAGCCAGUACACAUGCCGAGCUGAACUGCGCAGCUGAGACGGUGCUACUUGCACAAUGCCUUGGUCUUGGCAUACCUUUUUUUAAACAAGUAAACUGAGCCGGUUAUUUGAUUGGGGAACCAACUUCCUUGGGUAUUAGGGACUUGGCGUACAACAAGGCAGGUGCUGUUGCAUGUUCUGACGACCAGCAUUGCAGUGGAAAUUUUAGGGCUCUACUCGUAAUCUUGAGGAGGGGACAGGGUUUUUUUUUUAUGUUAACGAAUUGAAUGAGUGCAUAGCGAGCGUCAAUAUGACCACAAAGGUACUUGAAAAAAACAAAGAUAGAUUUGCG